AGCCUUCGGAAGCAUGAUCUCUUGAAGGAAAUGAGGCGUCCACGUCUCGUUCCCAUCUACUUUAUACACUUUCUCUAUAGUUUUAUCUUAGGGUAAUCAUCUUCGAGAUGAUAGAGGUUCUUUGAUUUUUGAUUGUAGCCCUUUUCCGAGUAAACAUGUCUUUUCUCUGGGGUCAACGGAAGUUUUCUUUCGGGGCUCGCCAAGAGUAUUCAAGGGUGAUUGAUGCUUCACGAAACUCAUCCGAAACUUCCCAAGAUAGUUUAUUGGGAAAGGAGAUAGAAUUCUUCCGUCGAGAACCUUCAUUUUGGAAGCGCAAUGCCUCAUUAAUAGUAGCAAAUUCUCUUCUGUUUGUCGUCUAUAUCGCAAUUCUUGUCGCCGUCGCCUCCUACGUUCCACAACAGUGUCGCCAAGGUCCCAACCUGAUAAUUUCCCCCGCCUAUGAAGCUCUGGAGUGGGAAGAGUAUACCUUCCAGGAGAACUCGCAGCUACAUGGUCCCUUCUCUGGCUAUCCGCGGCCGGAGAUUGAUGAAAAUUGGGAUAAGCUCUUGGACGCUGAGAAUAUUAUUCUGGAGCCCGAGGUAUUAAGGCACUACGAUCGCGAAGACCUAGGCGUUGCCGUUCCAGAGGGUGGGGGAUAUCUAGGUACUCUGAACGUAUAUCACGAGUUACAUUGUAUUAAACGACUUUGGCAAUAUAUGUAUCCCGAGCAUUAUUGGUCUGACCUUUCGGAUGCUCAGCGGGAGGUCAAUAGACUCCAUAAUGAGCAUUGUCUCGACUUCCUUCGUCAAUCCUCCAUGUGCCAUGCAGAUAUUGGUCUCAUUACCUUCCAAUGGUCUCCAGAUAGCCGCAUUCCCGUCGCGAAUGCUACAACGCAUCAAUGCGCAAAGUGGGAUAAGAUUGAUAAAUGGACUAAAGCCAGAACUGUCGACAUGAUGAAACCCGGCUGGCUCGUCCAUCCUACGAAAGGCCCUUCCUUUCCUCUAGGUGAGGGUAACCGCCUUGGCGCUGUAAGGAAGCCUCAAGAACCACAUUUAGUUGGCCACGAAAGUCACGAAGGACAUGCCAGGCGGGGCCAUUGAACAUGUUCUAGAUACAUAACCUAGCAACACGUGUGGUAUCUAUAUAAAUAGGGUAGUUCAAUCCUCAUAAAUCUGGGUGAUAGCAAACUUGACAAGGAGGAAUAGGAGUUUAAAGGUAGUAGAGAUUAUCAUCAUAUUUUCAUAGGAGGUUACUUAGGUU